UGUCAGCUGACAGUUGUGACCAACCAGCGGGUGUAACAUCUCAACCGAAGAGACCUGAACGGAGCAAGAAGCCUCCCUGUGUCUCCACCAACCGUUGCCAGCCGCGGAGAACCGGACAGCCGUUAAGCACCCCCUCCGACACCCGGUCACGUCUUCCCGCCUCCCGCAGGAUGAGUGUCGGCGCUCCGAGAGGCCUGGCCAGCUCGGGGCAGAAGCCCAUCGCGGAGAUCCUCCACCCGCUGUCCGCCGCCGAGGAGCCGCACUCCGUCACCGUCAACAUCGGAGGGGACAAGCAGGAAGCGGGGCUGACCAACGGCACGCCGGUCGAGACGUCGAGUCCCGCCUCCACGUCCUCGCUCUUCAACAGGCUGCAGCUGGACGACGACCUGGAAGCAGAUGUGCGGGACCCCUACGUGGACGCCGCAGAGACCCGUGACCUUUUUGUCACGGUUGACGACCCAAAGAAGCACGUCUCCACCAUGGAGACCUACAUCACCUACAGAGUCUCCACAAAGACAACACGGGUAGAGUUUGACCUACCGGAGUACUGUGUGCGGCGGCGGUACCAGGACUUUGACUGGCUGAGGAUCAAGUUGGAGGACAGCCAGCCAACCCACCUCAUCCCUCCGUUGCCAGAGAAGUUCGUGAUGAAGGGCGUGGUCGAUCGUUUUUCGGAAGAGUUCGUGGAGACGCGGAUGAAGGCUCUGGACAAGUUCCUGAAGCGAGUCGCCGACCACCCCGUCCUCUCCUUCAACCCACAUCUAAACGCUUUCCUAACUGCCAAGGACCUGAACAAGCGUCAGGGUCUGGCCCUGCUGACCAAAGUAGGUGAGUCAGUGAAGCACGUGGCCGGAGGCUACAAGCUGCGGGCGCGGCCGCCGGAGUUCUGCGCCAUGGGAGAAUACCUGGACACCUUCAGCCAGAAACUGGGAACCAUCGACCGCAUCGCUCAGAGGAUCCUCAAGGAGCAGUCAGAGUACCUGACAGAGCUGCGUGAGUAUGGCACAGUGUACUCCAGCUGGGUGGGGUCGGAGGAUGAGCUGCGGCGCCCCCUGGAGGGCGUGGCUGGCUGCGUGACGACGUGCUGCUCAGCGCUGGAUGACCUGAGUGAGAACAUGACCCAGGACUUCCUGCCCGUACUCAGAGAGUAUGUCCUCUACAUAGAGUCCAUGAAGAAUGUUUUGAGGAAGCGAGACCAGAGCCAGGCGGAGUACGAGGGCCGACUAGAAGCAGCCAUAUUGCGCAAACAGGAGGACAGUAGGACGCCAAUGCCGGCAGAGGUGGAGAAAUGCCAGGACAAAGUGGAGUGUUUCAACGCCGAUCUGAAGGCAGACUGGGAGCGCUGGCAGAGCAACAAGAGACAAGACUUCAAACAGCUUCUUACCGGCAUGGCCGACAAAAACAUCAACCACUAUGAAAAGUGCCAGGCGGCGUGGGAGUCACUCAUUACUCUUCUCCAGGACAAACAGACUGAGGACAAAACGAGUGAGACGAACUGAAACACCUCCUCAUGUCUCUGCCCCGUAUCUCUCUCCCUCUCAGUAUAACACACUCUCUCAUGCCAAGGAAAAGGACCAACUGGGCGGCAGAUGUGAACUGCUGGACUUUGCCCCCCCGUUCUCCUGUGAGAUGGAGAGGAGUUGUCUCUCUCGGAGAUUUGACCUGUGAAGGAGGUAACAAAUGGUACAUUCAAGGACAGCUGGGAAAGAGGAGAGACCUACUAUGUACAGACAUUUUCCUUUUGUUUUUUUUGUUAUUUGUUUGUCGUUGUUCCUAUUGACUUUUUCUACUUCAUAUUUCCAAUUAACAGUUGGUUGCCAAUGCUGCUUGUGUUUAUUUAACCGCGGUCUCCGAGAGGCGUGUUUUCUGUCUGUUCUCUCCGUGUUCGCAUCGAGCCAGACGUGAAGGAUACCUCCUCAGCAUUGCAGGAAAGGGAUACGAUCAUUAUAAUUUGCAUGAAGUAUUCAGAGCAUGCCCGACAUAUUUUUAUUUUCUGUCAGGUUGCAAAAGCCUCCGAAAAUGUAACACUGAAACAAGACUCGUAAAUUGGAAUCCAACGUCUUAAAAUUAAUUUAAAGGACCAUACCUGUUAUUUUUGCAUGUUUAUGUCCAUAAUCUUGCCAUUACUGCUAACCAUUUUCCAGAAGUUCAUACACUUUACAGCGUUCCUAUUUUCCCUUCAGCCAUUAUUAUCAUUAAUAUAUUAAAAUCAGCUUGAAAAAAGCCGUGGCAUCAGAGCUUGGCAUCAGCACAGCCUUGGGUUCAACCAGAAGUUACGCACAGGCAGAGAAAAUGCAGGAGGUGUAGCAACAGAUGUCAAAACGAGACAUUAUUAAAAGCCACCGAUUGUUCGUCAAAGGGAAACUUUAGGAUGUUUUUAUGAUCCACGUCUUUACAGCUCAAUAGACAGCUCAAUAGACAUGUUGAGUAAUGUUAAGCUUCAUCAGGGAAGUGAUUUUGUUGGAGGUCAUUUUGUUUUUUAAGCAGAGAUACACAAGAGUUGGUCAUACGAUUGUGUUUCCAGUGCAGUCUAGCAGCACCACCUGGUGGCUUCAGCGUGUGCUACUUCUGCUGGUUCCUCUUGAUAUCAAGUUGUUUUUUGUACCUUGUCCAUUUAUACCUGCUGAAGGGAUGUCACCUCUAUUCUUCAAGCAAAAGCUCUAACUCAGUUUGAGGAUGCCAAAUGGUGCAAGAGGCAGAUUUACCCAGUGAAAAGCACACAGAGGGAAUUGAAGGUGUAAUUUAUUAUCUUAAAACGAAUGAAAACAAUCGGGUGUAGAGUCAAAUGUUAUUUUCUUGUAGUAAUCCGAAAGAAACAAACACUGCAUUGUGGCAUUAUUGCACCCCAUUAACAAAAUCUGUGUUGCUUUUUGAGAACAGUGGCGCUCAAAGGCUGGAUAUGAUCCAAAAUAUUUAGAAAGGGGUUGAGUUAGGAGCUGUCAGGUACGCAUCUGUUCAAGUUGGAGUUCGUGAAGCUUUUACACAUGUCAAUGCUGCAGGCCUACAGAGGAAAACAGAGCACUGAGGCUUCUGGGAAAUCUCGGCUGUGUCAUAUAAGCAUCUGAGGAAUUGGUUAAACCAGCGCUCAAAGGAGUAUUGUGUAGGUCAGAGCUAGAAAUUGCAAAAACUCCAUUCUGAGUGAGACACGGUGUCUCGCUCGGAAUGGAGUUUUUGCAAUUUAAAAACUAUAGCUUUUAAAUUAAAGCAUGUACUGUACAUGCUUUAAUUUAAAAGCUAUGGUUUGUUUUAAUGACCCAGUAAUGUGGAAAUCAUUUGCCGUUUACUUCUCUUAACCCCUCUGACUGAUCAGUGUGACAAUGUGACCUCCUCUGCUCAGCUGUGACUCACGGGAAACAUUUGUUCCCCCAUUUCAGAUGCAGUAGCACAGCAGCAUAUACGACCAACAGCAGUUUUGCGUCACACUUGUUUUGGCCUCGACAUGUUGCUGAUGUGGCGUUGCCUGAAAGGAAGAAUCCACCCUGAGAGACUCUGUUAGACGUCAAUGCGUAACCUUAUGUUGAACCAGCUUUAGUGAGCCAUUUCUGACUUUUUGACCACAGAGCAGAGAUGCAGCCUGCUGAGUUUGUAACGCUGUGCCGGCUCAUUUGAAUAUCCUUAGUUUUAUCCGACCUUAGCCGCACUGCUAGCUCAUUACACUCAGCAUAAAGUAGCAAAAAAACCCACCAGUGAUGACUUGGGUCAGUGAUAUCAUCCCAAAAUAUUUUUUACAAAGACACUGAUUUUAUCUCUUGCUCAUUUGUGGCACAGAUCCUGCUGUGUUGUAGCCUCAUGAACAGGCCAUAACUUUAUUUCUUCAAUAAAUGUAAUCAUUAUUUUUGUUUGAUAAAGAGUUUGUUUUGCGUAAUUUUAUUUAUUUCAGAAAGCUGAAAUAAUUAUGUUUCAUUUCAACGUAACAAAAAGGUUCUGAGAGGCUCUGUGUUUUUAUUUCUUUUAAAUGCCCUGUAGUCAGAUUGUCUUUGAAUGGUCUUUGUCCUGUUAUAUAGGCUGAUGUCACAUUACUGAGCCUGCUAUCAGUGUAGCCAAAUGCAAGUGCGAUAAGAGAGCGACGAGAUGAAGUAACUGUGGCUGCUUGCAAACUGGUUUAAGUACUCUUGUCAGUUUUUUUCCGUCCGUCAUAUUUCCCCUUUGAGUUUUUAAAGCACGAAGCAGCUACUGUUCUAACGACCAGAAGUCAGCGAGGUGACAUAUGACAGUUUUUAUUUAGGCAUGUUGAAUGCAGCUAGUAAGAUGGAGAGAAGCUUUCUGAGUCACUGUGGUCAGUCAGUGUCGAGGCAGCCACAUGGGACAGAACUACAGAUGCACUGAUGCUAAAUUAUCUGUAUCUUAGGGGCUGUGCACUAUAAUAAUAUGAUAUUGUAGGGUUGACUACUGGUGCUUUCACAAAAUAUCGAUACAAGAGAUUUUGAUUAAUAAUCAACAGUCUGGUAAGUUCAGAAAAUGACAUUACUGUAAUGCAGCCUUUAAAACUAGGAAAAGACAAACCUUAUGAUUUUACCAUAUCCAGAAUCUAAGAUAUCUAUCCAUAGAGUAUGAAUAUAUCGUCCAGCCAUAUUGUAUCUAUUUCGAAAUAUUAGAAUUCACUAUGAAGAACCAGGGGUGUUUAGAAAUUAAAACAAAGCUCCUGUAUCAUCUGUUGCUCACACACAACCUGUAGAGGACCUCCAUUUUUAUCCCCAAAUACUGCUUUAAAUUAGUAGUUCCACUGUAAUUUUAAGUUUUUUCUUAUUUUCUGAGUUCUAUCAUUUUUAUGUUAAUUGCCAUAACCUACAUGAACAUGCAGCAACAUUAAAAAAAUUUUAGAAAUGGUUUAUCCGGACCUCACAGAUUGAGUCAAUGUUGUUCAUUUAGCAACAGCAGGAAUUCAGGAAAGGUAAUGCACUUUCUGUUUUUCGCAAGUACAUUUCUUAAUUUUUUUUGUGGGGUUAAAAAAAAAAUACACCUGUAGAGUCUUUGACCAGUAGCUGCACUAUGGAGCAGUGUUUUUGUGUUGUGCUGAAACACACUAGGCUUGAGAGGUAUAAUGGUACUAUGGUAUAUAAUUUAGAAAUCCUGGCGGUAUGAUUUUCAAUACGGUUCAAAAUACAGACGCUCUUUGUACUCGUACGAAAAUUUUUUUUUGAGGAUUGAUUGUAUGUAGUGCACAUAAUGCGCCACCAGAGAUCAGUCUCUGCUCGUGGAACAGGCCGCCGAGCUAACAGACAUAAUGACUAGGGAUAAUGUUACAGGACUGUGAACGGUUGGCUAGCAGCAACAGAGAGAGGAUGCAAAAAAGCUUGCAUAUUUUUACAUUUAACCUGAUAAAUUCAGGGACUAUUUCCAAAUUUACCGAGCCGAUUCUGAAUUUACCGAUCCAAACUUAUCAAUCCGAGUUUACCAUCCUCAAAAAAUGCUUUUUUAUUUUUUUUUUAUUUUAUUUUAUUUUUUUUAGGAUCAAUUGUACAUAGUACACAUCAUGCACCACCAGAGGUCAGUCUCUACUGGUGGAACAGGUAGCUGAGCUGACAGACAUAGCAUCUAGGGAUUACAUUACAGGGCUGUAAACAGUAAUUCAGGGUUACUAUUAUUUUGACCAAACCAGUGCUGGUGAUUGCUAGAGAAGUGGGCUAGAUAACUAGACGACUAAGAAGACUAAUGACGUUUUAACAUAAUAUAUAUUUGUUUGUGUUGAGUAUGAAUGAAGUGUUUUCUGUUAAGUUAAAAAGGCAGUUAAGGUAGUUCUAGUCCAGUGAAUGAGAGAAACUUAAAUUCAUAAGGUGUACGGUUGUAUUUCUCGGUUUAAGUGGGAAAAGCUAAGAGAGCGUGGGGGACGUAGCAAACUUGCUGGUCAGGGGUGGAGGUGCAGAUAGAGAGCGCUGCACACAAAUGUUGUCAUAUAAUGUAAACUCUGGUUGAAUUUUAAGAGGGUAUGAAAAUAUGGAUACCGUCCAAGCCUAAAAGUCACGUUUGGUACAAGCAAACUCCAAUAGGCACUUUUUUAAUCAGAUUUUUUUUUUAAAAUCAGACUGUAAGGUUUUACAUUUCAAAAUCUGUUUACAUAUUGGCACUGUGGAAGUAGCAUCUAUCUUUAUUUCCACCGUUUUUCCAACAGUAGCUACUGUUCACUGUACUCUAAAUAAAUUUAAUAUAUUUACUUGAUAAAGAGUUACUGAAUAGGAGAUGUAGCAGACAUGCUCUGAUAGGCCAUAAAAACCAACUCUGAUCACUCUUUCCUUUUAGUUCUGUUUUAUUUACUGGAUCAGAUCGGCGUGUUUGUUUCCUGCUGAGCGCUUUUCUGGUGUAGAUGAAGUAACUCACUGAAGUAACCUGACUUGAGCAUGAACAGCUUUUGGGAUCAUUCAGACUUGAUUUGAAAUGUCUCUUUGCUUUAAUGACAAUAUACUGUAUAUCCAAUAUACCCCGAUGUGCAGCUGAAUUAUAAGGUACAGCUGAGUCUAUUUUUGUAUAGAAGAAACAGGUGAUUAUUGUUGGGUUUCAAAUGAGUAUGUGGAGAUUACAUAUUAGAAGGGGUUCUUGAUUUGUACAUCUUGCAUAACCAAAAACAUGACAGUUUAACUUCUUAUUCUCUUAAUAGCCAUUGUAAAAUCUGCAUCUUAUACUGUGUGCCUGCUGAUUUAUGUUUGCACUAUAUAUGUAGCUCAGACCCCUGGCAGAUACGUCUGCUGAAAACAAAUCAAACAAAGAAUUAAUUAGCUUUCUUUCAGUUGCCAAAAAUGCCAAUUAAUAGGCCAUGGUUCUCUAAUGUAAAGGAAGGCAUCGUCUGCAAAGCUGAUUCAGGUUAAAUCCCCAAACAGGGAUGAUGACGGCUGUCCCUGUAAAGAAGGGAGAGGAAGGGGAGACAGUUUUUGUUUUUCUUUAAUGUACAAAUCAAAUGUUUCUAAGCCAAAUGUCCCCAUCUUUUCCUCCCGUCUUUGAUUCACACAUGAAGAGAAAAAUCUGAUUCCCAGUGCAGGAUAAACCAGAUCAAUCAAACCUGCACGAAAGGUUAAAAGUCAGACGACUUACGAAUGUGUGACUCCAGCUUCUGUCUAUUUUUGCUCCUUCCCAGUGUGUACUGUUUACGUUCAGUCCUCAUUGUAAAUUUGGAUGUGAAUAACAUCUUGUUGUAAUUAUAGAUAAGCUUGUAUAUUGAUGUCGUUUUGAUGCAAUUUAUCUUUACCUCAAAUGAUUUUUUUGGAUAUAUUGGACCAAUAAUAAAAAGAAAGAAUGCCUUUGA